CUGAAAAUAGACAUUUAGAUGUGGCAGGAAUUGUCAAAUAUUUGCGUGCAAGUUGUGAAAGAAUUGGGUAUAGGGAUAGGAAUCGAUUCUCAAGCACAGAUUACGACGAUGAUGACGACGAUAAAAAGAUACUACGUGGUGAAGAUGGUAUAGAAGCAAUUGAAGUAUUGUCAUCAGAUUGUGAUUCUGAAAUAGUAUCAGCGAUUAGAGAUGAGGAUAUUAAUGAAGAGGAAAGUUUUUUAAAAAAAAAGUAA